AUGGAAUCACCCGGCUCAGACCUCUCAGACUACGCCUCUGACGACUUCCCCGAAGACGUCAAGGGCCGACAGCGCAGCGACAUGGAGCCGACACCAGAUCAAGAUGCAGCACGCCCAAGCAAGCGCCUGCGUCUUAACCAGCGCGCGCCCUCGUCGCCGCCACCUCCCAUCACCGUCCCACCACUGGACGACGAUGAUCCGCUCAGUGAAGACACCGACGGCUCCGUGCCAGCAUCGCCAAACCACCACCCGGGCAUGUCGCAAGAUCUCGACGAGUUUGGCCAAGAUCAGGUGACCGUGUGCAAAUGGGAGGGCUGUGAGGCCGGCGAUCUGGAGAACAUGGACAACCUGGUCGAGCAUCUACACGACGACCACAUCGGCACGCGCCAGAAGAAGUACAGCUGCGAAUGGAGCGACUGCACGCGGAAAGGGAUCCCACAUGCCAGCGGCUAUGCGCUGAGAGCACACAUGCGCAGUCAUACGAGAGAGAAGCCCUUCUACUGCACACUGCCUGACGCUCUUGCGAAGCACAUGCGCACUGUACACGAGACGGAAGCUCUGCGCCCCUCAGACCCCGUCCCGAAGCACCACUCCUCGAAUCCCUCCAACAACAAGCAGCGCAUCCGGCUCAUUCUUAAUGCCAAUGAGAAAAAGCCCGAGAAGGGCUCCGCGCCAGCCUCGCCAGCAUCACACUCACACCCGACGAACAGCGCACCCAUACCACCGGCUUCAGACGUCGACUAUGCGCACAACAACGUCACCUACAUACAGGAUCUCGCGGCCCCGGGAGCACCAACCAUGGUGCAGUUCCCGCCUGACAUUGUCUUUACAGAACGAGAGCUAUCUCUACCCGCACCAGAGCUCUUCCAGCUGCUACGGCGGCAACUCCAGUGGGCGCAGCAAGAAAGCGAACAACUCCGUGCCGAAGCAGAUGCUCUGGAAAAGGUGCGCAAAGAAGAGUGGGAGGCCAAGGAGCUGCUGGUCGAGAACCUCAUGGAAGCACAAGUAGCCACCGAGCGCCGGCAACGCGUGGAACGCGGAGAGCCAGAAGACUACGAGGGCAUGGAUGCAGUCGAGCAAGACGUCGCGCCUGCCCGAGCACUUCCCAUCAAGCCAAAGGACGGCAAGCUACCCUGGUGGCGCGACCCCCAGCAAGUCAUGGAGCGCGCACGCCAGCACCCGCGCCCACCGCCUUCAGACAUUCGGCGCGAGACGAGCGCAGCUUAG